UCAUUUUCAUAUUCUAUGUCUACUUUCUAACCAUUAGUAGGAAAUUUUCUUGCUCCAAGUUAUAAAUAGAUUAUGGAGAAAAAUUCAUCCUACAUGGUCAAUAUCGAAACAAUCAACUCGAAAAUGAUGCUUUAACUGAUCCAUGUAGAGUCAUACCCUUCAUCAAUAAACACGAUCAAGAAAGUGAACUUCAAACAGAAAAGACAAAAACUAGAGGUGGAAAAUCAUUAAACCAUCCAAACAAUUCAAGAAAUGAAACAGAAGAAAUUAUAUGUCUCUGGAGAUCGUGGUAAUUGAUAAUCUCUAAAUAUUUGUUAGCCUUAUUUUAACUCUAGUUUAAAUCAUUAUUAAGCUCUCUUUCGAUUCCAAAAGUAUUGUAGUAUUUUAGGCUCUAUCAACCUUGGAACACGCUCUACGACUUUUAAACCAUAUAAGCUUACAUUUGAUUUAUUCUAUCGAUUUCUUCUUCUGAACAUAUUAUAGAAAAUAAUAUUAUAGAUAUAUGUAUGUAUCACCCAUAUGGGAGUGGAAUUACGUUUGGCGAAUUUUGAAAGUCAAGCGGUCUGGAUUCUAAACAAUUCUACCACAGUAAAUCUGGGUGGUCAUAUAAAAUAAAAUUUUACUUUAAAUUUCAUUUGAAUAAGUAGAAAAAAAAAAUGAUCCAUAUAAAUUGCACAUUUCACUAAAAAAGAUUAGUAUGACCAUAAGUAUGCAUAUGUAUGCAUCAUAUAUUGUCGUGGUCCAAUAGUUUCCACUUGAAGAGGAAUUGCGCUGUUGGUCCAGACCAUGGAACAAUUCUUCUCUAGUGCUAAAUUAUUAGCUCCAUUGCUUAUAACCUAUUUGAAUACCUAGAAAAAUAGUUCAUAUUUAGAUUACAUCUCCCCUUGAGAAUUAAUUUGGACAUUUUCAUGGGCAUGGAAUACUCUAGGUUAAUCAAACAAAAGGACCAUAAGCACCAAAUAUCAUCAAAAUUAAGUUCAGAACAACAAGAUGGGAUGGCGAGCUAUUUUCCCACGAGAAAUACCGUAUAACACCAUAUGUCUCCUAAACUAUGGUCUCAUUCCAUAUGUCUCCAAAUUAAAAGUUUGAAGCUAUUUUUUCAUGAAACUUUAGCUUAACACCUAUCUCUCCAUGAAUUAAAAGUUCAAAAUCUCUGACUCCAGAAAAUUAAAUUACUCGGUUUAAGCCUAUAAAUUUAGACUGUUUUGGUUAAUGAAGCUAGUUUUGGACCAAUAAAUGACCAGACUACAUCUAUUAAAUCACAAAUUAAAAACCUAGACCUGAAAAAAUCAUAAGCCCAUGAACCUAGAUCCAAUUUCAUAACCCUAAAUUGAAAGCUGAGAGAAAAAAUUCCCAAAUCAUAGAGAAAAACAGAAGAGAGGAUAGGAGAGAGACACAUAAUUGAAGAUUGAAGAAGGCAGAGUUUAAUGGCUUCUAGUUGUUAUUGCAUUUCAAAAAUAGACCUUCGAAGAUUAUUCAUUGAAAUGCUUAUAAGAAAACAAAAUCCGUUAACAUUUAACUGAAUUCGUAAACGUUCCACUCAUAUACGAUUAAACAUAGAAAUCAAACCUCAACUCAGACGAGCAAAAAAGAUUCAUUCUUCACCUCAAAGAAGUGAUGAAGAACAGUCAUUUUAAUAGCACUUGGCUUCAAGCUCUUGAUCCCUCAGCCGUGGCAAAUACUCUAGCUACACUUGUUAUAAUCGGGACCUUGUAGGCUAGAGCCAUAUGUCUAAGCUGUUUUCCAUCCUUCUGAUCAAGAUCACCGCCUGAGCUUGUGAUCAACAUCAGAUGAAUCUGACCAUUAGCCACCACAUAAACUUCAACACUCUGUCCAAAUGAAACGUAAUUUAAAAUGUCAACUAAAAACCUAUUUACUACCAUCAUCCCUCAAUUUCAUCAUUAACCUCCGCCACUGUCUUGUUAGAUUCCAUCUUCCUUUAAAAAUCGCUACUAAAAAUCACAACAACUCAAAUAACAACCAAUCAUUAGAAUCUGAAGGAAGAAAGAACAAAUUAUAAUUGUGUGAUUGUUGGCACUGGUGAAGCAAAUUAAGAAAUACAUUUCUUAUUUUCUCAAUGUAAUAUAAGCAGUACAUAAGAAAUACUCCCGAGAUUAAAAAAACACGAGUUACGUCCAAUACUUCGAAAUGCUGCUCUUGUCGUUCAUUUCUUGCAGUGCUUUUUUUCCUUUUAACGACCCUUAACAUCCUCAACCCUUGUAAGCUUUUCUUCUUUCUCUUCUUUUUCUACAUAUAUAUCAAUGUAGAAGGCGAAACUUAUGAAACUAAUCAUUUUGCAGCAUAACAUGAAUAGUAACUAAUGAAUCUAUAAUGGUAGCCACAGAAAAUUCUCCCAUCACCAUGUUCUUCAACGGUUUUUCACCAGAGCCAGCUCAUCAGACAGAGUUCAAGUCGCCAUGUUCAUCUUCCCCCUUUUUGACUGUGAAGAUAUGAUGUUGUUGGAAUCUGUAGUAUAUCGACAGUAGCAUAAGGCCACUGAUCCCAAUGGAGACAAUUAUGUAAGAUCAUUGAUAAAUACAGAGUUAAGUACUUAAAUGCAUGCUGCUAAAAACACUGAAAUGUUUAGAGAAUUUCAGUGUGCCGUGAAUUUCUUAUAUAAAGCAGGAAGGCAAACCAUGUCUCAGCUAAGGCCAAUACUUUAUUCCGAACAAUGAAUCAGUUUUCAUACUUUUUAAUUCUAAGAAAUCAAAACCCAAAGUACUUUGCACACACACAACACAAAUAAUAGAUUGGUCGCCUCCUCUAAUUGGAAGAAACGAUUUAUAUAGGAGAAGAUAUGUAGGGAGGUGAAACAAAACCAUAAAAGAAGGAUGGAAAACGAAGAAGACAAAGUGUGUGCGCCAUUUCUUGAAGUGGUCUUGACAGGGCAAUUAGGAAAUAUCAUAAGCCCACAUGAAAGUUUCGGUAUUUAUCAUUUUGGAACAAAGCUCUUAUGACGUGGCAAUUCAUCACUCUCUAAUUGGUCUGAAUUUCCAGGCUGACGUAGAUAUAGCCUCAAUAUGUAGCUCAAGAACUUUUUUUUAUAGCUCAAGAAUUUAUAGUAUUGUAAGAUACAUACAUAAAUAGAUACGCUAUAUAGACACGUUAUGUAGUACUAAAAUUUAUGUCGAAACUAUGAAAAUACGGUUCUAAAAAUGUUUUAUAUGCAUCAUAUAUUGACACAAACAUUUUGAACACAUAUACAAAUUAACUAGAAUAAUUUUAAACAAAGUUGAUCACUACGCCAACAACUUCUCGAAAGAUGAACAACAGUGAAAAAAACAGUCGAAAUUAAAGUUAUUUAAAAAUAGUCCAAAGAAAAUUUUAAUACAUCAUAUAUUUUUUUUAAAUUCAUGAUUCCUCCACCAUUUAUUUCAAAUCAAGACAUGUCAUGCGUCAACUCUUUCACCAUCUCAAGAUUUAUGGGCAGCCACUGAAAUAUAUUCCUUGAGUUUCCAAUUAAAUGUUAUUAUAAUAAACGUUUCAUUAUAAAAUAAAUAUCAUGUCAUAUUUUUAAUAUAAUUUUACUACAGUUUUAUUAUUUUAUUUCUUAAUAAAAAGAAGAAAUAAUUUAGUAUUUACACGUCAAAUUUGAAAUAUAAAUUAAUAGUAAAUAAUUAAAUUAUAUAUUGGAGAUGGCAAAAAGUUUUAUUUUAGAAUAUUUAUUGUUUAUCAGUCUCAUGAAUUUAGAACAUAGCUCCAAAAUUAAAUUUUGGAAUCUUAAAAAAAAAAUUAGAAAUACUAUUUUUAUCAACUUCUCCUUCACUAUAAUUAAGAGCUCAUAAAAAUCACAUAUAGAUACAUGUAUUAAGGGGCGCCCACUUCAAGCAAUAUUCAGAGCCACACAAAUCUAGAUUUUUGCCCUUGAGUUUUUUUUAGAAAUACUAUUUUUAUAUAUGCAGAUUUUGAGACUCAAGAAAAAAACAAUUAAAAUUUAGUUUGGUUUUCUCCUCUCAUGAACAUUUCCAGAAUCUGAGCUCUCUCUCUUCUAAUGGAAGAAGCAGCAUACCCAAACAAAGUUAUUCAACAGCUUUUCCUCUUUUUUUCAUCAAGUUAGAUUGUUCUCCAAAAAAACAAACUCGAACCAAUGGAUAAAAAAGGCAUCGUGCUGAUGAAAAGGUACGAAUUAGGCCGUCUUCUAGGGAAGGGAACAUUCGCAAAAGUGUAUCACGCACGCAACCUAAAAACGGGUGAAAGCGUAGCGAUCAAGGUAAUCGAUAAGGAGAAAGUCACAAAAGUUGGAUUGAUCGAUCAAAUCAAACGAGAAAUCUCGGUGAUGCGUCUCGUUCGUCACCCAAACGUCGUGUUCCUCCAUGAAGUCAUGGCGAGCAAAACAAAGAUCUAUUUUGUGAUGGAGUACGUUAAAGGCGGUGAGCUUUUCAACAAAGUCUCUAAAGGAAAGCUUAAAGAAGACAUUGCUAGAAAAUAUUUCCAGCAACUGAUUGGAGCAAUCGAUUAUUGCCAUAGUCGUGGAGUUUACCAUCGUGAUCUCAAGCCAGAGAAUCUGCUUCUAGACGAAAAUGGCGAUUUGAAGAUAUCUGAUUUUGGGCUCAGCGCAUUGAGAGAGUCGAGGAAACAAGAUGGCUUGCUUCACACGACAUGUGGAACACCUGCUUACGUGGCGCCUGAAGUGAUCUGCAAGAAAGGUUAUGAUGGAGACAAAGCUGAUGUUUGGUCUUGUGGAGUUGUGUUGUAUGUGUUGUUGGCUGGUUUUCUUCCGUUUCAUCAACAGAAUCUUGUCGAAAUGUAUCGGAAGAUCAAGAAUGGGGAAUUCAAAUGUCCAAACUGGUUUCCACCUGAGGUCAAGAAGCUAUUAUCUCGAAUUCUUGAUCCUAACCCUAAUUCAAGAAUCAAGAUUAACAAAAUCAUGGAGAAUUCUUGGUUUCAAAAGGGUUUCAAGAAGAUAGAAACUCCUAAAUCGCCUGAUAGUUAUCAGAUCGAAUCGCUAAUCAGUGACGUGCAUGCAGCAUUUGCGGUACAGCCGAUGUGUUACAAUGCAUUUGACCUAAUCUCCUCUUUGUCUCAAGGAUUUGAUCUCUCGGGAUUGUUUGAGAAAGAAGAGAGAUCAGAAUCGAUGUUUACGACAAAGAAGGAAGCGAAGGAGAUAGUGUCGAAAUUCGAAGAGAUAGCUAUGAAUAGUGAGAGGUUCGAUUUGAAGAAGAGUAAUGUAGGAGUGAAGAUGGAGGAUAGAAGAGAAGGAAGAAAAGGACAACUCGCAAUUGAUGUUGAGAUAUUUGAAGUGACAAAGAGUUUUCAUAUGGUUGAGUUUAAGAAAAGUAAAGGUGAUACAAUGGAGUAUAAACAGUUUUGCGAUGGUGAGCUUAAGCCUUCGUUGAAAGAUAUUGUUUGGAAAUGGCAAGGAAACAAAAAAAAUACCAAUGAGAGUGUUGCAUAAUGUGAUAAAAUGUGUUUUUCCUAUUUGACUUCCUUUAAUUCGAGUUUUUUUGAUAUUUGUGUGUACUAUCUUUGAGAUCUAUGUAAUGGAUUCGCUGCAGUUAUCAUCACAUAUCUAGAUUUUUUGUUUGUUCCAUA